AUGAUAAGAAGUUUAAAAGUUCUCGCACCAUUUUCACUUGCUGUUAAUGUGAUUACUAUUGGAGUUACCGUUGCUGCGUUAAUUCCAAAUAUUGGCCUUGUAAUAUCAUUAGUCGGUGCUGUAGCGUCAACAGCACUUUCCGUGAUACUUCCUCCUAUAUGUGAAACGAUUACAUUUUGGUCGAAUAAACUAGGUCGUUUUAAAUGGCAAUUAAUAUUAAAUCUAUUGAUCAUAAUGUUUGGUGUUUACGUAUUUAUUGCGGGCACAACACUUAGCAUGUCAAAUAUAGUUGCUUGUAUUCGUGAAGAGGUGCUCGAAGUGAUGAUUAAUUUAUUUAGAUAA